AUGUGUCCAGAAGCAGCAAAAAAGUUUGAGAAAAUUCAACUGAAUCGUAUGACUAUCCAAAGACGAAUUAUGUCUUUGUCAGGUAAUAUUGCGGAACAAUUAAAUGAAAAAACUAAGUUCAUUGAAUUUUUUUCAUUAGCACUCGACGAAUCCACUGAUAUUAGUUCCACAGCUCAACUUCUGAUAUUCAUACGAGGUGUUACUCAAGAUUUUGAAGUCGUAGAAGAGUUAUUAGGAAUGUGUUCAUUGAAAGGUCAAACCAGAGGAGUUGAUAUACUCAAUGUACUUUUGGAUGAGUGUUCAAAAACUGAUUUGGACAUAUCAAAAUUAUCGGGAGUUGCGACUGACGGUGCUCCUUCGAUGAUUGGUGUCAAUUCUGGGCUAGUUACUUUGCUGAAAAAGCAUCUGCAAGAAAAAAACAUAAACGCUGAAGAUCUCAUGAAGUUUCACUGCAUUAUACACCAAGAAGCCCUCUGUUCUAAAAAAAUUGAAUUUCAAAAUGUCAUUAAAGUGGUAGUUUCGACUGUAAAUUUCAUAAAAUCACGAGGACUCAAUCACAGGCAAUUCAAACAAUUCCUUGAUGACAUCGAAAGCGAAUAUGGAGAUUUACUGUAUUAUACAGAAGUAAGGUGGCUAAGUCGUGGAUUGACACUGGAACGAUUUCUAAAUUUAUUAGAAAAAAUUGGAAUAUUUCUGGCGAAAAAGCAAAGGGAUGUCCCGGAACUUAAAAAUACUGAUUGGUUGUGUGAUUUGGCUUUUUUAGUUGAUAUUACAAAUCAUUUGAAUGUCUUGAACACACGGCUUCAAGGCAAAAAUCAACUGAUAUCCCAGCUCUACGCUAAUGUAUCAUCCUUUUAA